GUUUGCGGCAAUCGAUCACAGACUGUGUGGGGAGACGUUUAGGCGGGCUCCGAGUUCAUUCCGUUUUGUACCGAGAUAGUUGGUGUUAUCACUGGUCGGCUCGUUCAUUUUCUUUUGUUGUCUGGACUAGGCAGGUAAGAUAAGACCUGUGUAGCUUGGACCUGGUCUCGUCUGACAUGUUCUCUGGACCAGGUCCCGUGUGUCAUUUUGUCAUGUCUGCACCAGGUCCUAUGAGUCUUAUUGUCUGGACCAGGUUCUGUGUGUCUUAUUGUCUGGACCAGGUCAUAUGUGUCUUAUUGUCUGGACCAGGUCCUGUUUGUCAUAUUUUCUGGACCAGGUCCUGUGUGACUUAUUGUCUGGACCCGGUCCUGUGUGUCAUAUUGUCUUGAACUGGUCCUGUGUGUCUUAUUGUCGGGACCAGGUACUAGAUGUCUUAUUAUCUGGACCAGGUCCUAUGUGUCUUAUUGUCUGGACCAGGUCAUGUGUGUCUUAUUGUCUGGAUCAGGUCUUGUGUGUCAUAUUGUCUGGAUCAGGUCCUAUAUGUCUUAUUGUGUGGACCAGGUCCUGUGUGUCAUAUUGUCUGGACCAGGUCCUAUGUGUCUUAUUGUCUGGACCAGGUCCUAUGUGUCUUAUUUUCUGGACCAGGUCCUGUGUGUCAUAUUGUCUGGACCAGGACAUGUAGUUCAUGUUGCCUUGACUAGUUCAGUUGUCUCAUGUUGUCUGGACCAGGACAUGUAGUUCAUGUUGUUUUGACUAGGUCCUAUGUCUCAAGUUGUCUGGACUAUCUCUUAUGUGUUUUGAUGUAGACUGGACUAGGUCCUGUUAGUCAUGUUAUCUGGAUCUUGUCUCGUGUGUCAUGGCUACCAGGCAUGUCCUUGUCCCGUAAAUCGUGUUGUCUUCAUCAUUUAGAUGAUACAUGACACAGCUUUCUUACUUUUGUGCUUUGUGGCUAUGUUAGCAGAGUAUAUAUCCCUUUCACAGUCCUGAUCAAAUCAUUGUGCCUUGAAUUUUACUAUUAUUUCAGAUUACACCUUUGUUAAUGCUAAAAAACCAACUGAACAUUUCUAGCCUGUGAUUAUAAUAUAAUCAUUGAGAUUAAAGUAAUACAUUAUUUAUAAUUUUUUUUUUUACGAUUCGAAUCAAAUAUCAGAGGUGAAUCAUCGCAGAGGGAACUAAGGUAAAAGUCAAGAAGAUCUCUCAGCCCACGACAUCGGUACGUUGCUAUGGCAACCAAAACUUCGUAAGUGUUUAUUUUUUUUCUCAGGGUGAUAAGGUUAUUAUUUAAUUUGUGUGGUGUGGCACACAUACUUGGCAUGUCGAAAAAUAAUAGUUACAUUCAUAAUAUGUGACUAGCGCCGUCAGCAAAUAGCGAUCUUUAUAUAUUGUAUGUGACUAGCGCCUUCAGCAAUAGCGAUCUUUAUAUAUUGUAUGUGACUAGCGCCUUCAGCAAAUAGCGAUCUUUAUAUAUUGUAUGUGACUAGCGCCUUCAGCAAAUAGCGAUCUUCAAAUAUUGUAUAUGACUUCAAAAAAAGAUUUCAUAAUUAUAUCUGACUGGUGCCUUCAAAAGUAAGAUUUCAUAUAUAAAUGUGACCAGUGCAUUAUCCUAAUUAUACGAGACUAGUACCUUCAGAAAUGACAAUGUUUAUGGGAAAACUGGCAUCUAACUCUAGCAAAUCGAGUUUUCGUUCCUCCUGGAUUAUUAUUAUACUUCUGAUUGCAACCAAAUCAAUUACCGCUUCUCCGAUUCUAGCCAAUAAUGUCUGACCCUGCAUCCAAUCAUCCUCGUAAUUGACCUACGCCUAAGCAAUGGAACAAGAUCCGAUGACAUUCUUCUAUAUCCUGACAUAGUUUAUUUUAUAUUCCAAACACGUUUCUAAAGUCAAACGUUUAACAGAGAGAAAACACGAACAUGUAUUUUAUAAUUCCUCCUUGAAAGUUGACUCAACCAGUUUGAAGUGACCAUUUUUAUCGAAAAUCAAAGGCCCGAUUUUGUUGCACACUUUCCACAAGCUGAUCAAAUCUGAACUUUUCAAUGUCUCAGCAUGACGUCCUGGGCUGGACACGAUCCCUUACAGAAGUUCGGCAACACUGACCACUGGACAAAGAUGAAACUCAGGGUAGGUGAACGCUCAAUUUGUUUUCCGUCAUCACAAGUCGGUAGAUACUUCGUCAAAGUCGGUAUGUAGUAAAAGUCGCAGUAGAUCGUUAGCAAGUGUCGAUAGAUACUUCGUCAAAGUCGGUAUGUAGUAAAAGUCGCAGUAGAUCGUUAGCAAGUGUCGGUAGAUACUUCGUCAAAGUCGGUAUGUAGUAAAAGUCGCAGUAGAUCGUUAGCAAGUGUCGGUAGAUACUUCGUCAAAGUCGGUAUGUAGUAAAAGUCGCAGUAGAUCGUUAGCAAGUGUCGGUAGAUACUUCGUCAAAGUCGGUAUGUAGUAAAAGUCGCAGUAGAUCGUUAGCAAGUGUCGGUAGAUACUUCGUCAAAGUCGGUAUGUAGUAAAAGUCGCAGUAGAUCGUUAGCAAGUGUCGGUAGAUACUUCGUCAAAGUUGGUAGAUAGUAACAAUAGUCGAAAGAUUGUUAGAAAAAUUUGAUGGAUUGUUAGCAAAAGUCGGAAAUUAGUUACCAAAAGUCAGUAGGUAGUUAGUAAAGGUUGGCAGAUCGUGGCGAAGAUGAAUCUCAAUAUUAAUUCGAUAUAUCGAAUAUAUAUAUAUAUAUAUUUACUCCUGCAGUUUGCAAGUACACCGGUCUAAAUUUAUCAAUCGGGCAAACCUGUAUAAUGAUUUGAAUCCAACAGUUUGUAUGGUAUUAGAAACGUGUCCAGUACCGAAGAAUAUUCUUUAAGAGUAAAUAAGAAAAUGAAAACACAUUUUUAAUUUUAUAUUUUGUAUGUUAAAUAAAAUAUACCUUUAAUAUUCAUAUAAGAAACGACCACAUCUUUUGCAAUUGUUUUUGGUGACCUGUAGAAACAUGAAAAAUUUUGCUAAGUGUAGAAACAUGACGUUUUCUUUGGUUACCCGUAGAAAUAUGACAUUUUUGAUUGACUGUCAAAACAUGACAUUUUUGACUGACUGUCAAAACAUGCAAUUUUGGGUGGCUGUCAAAACAUGACAUAUUGGCGUAAGUAGAAUGUGAAUGUCCCAUUUAGUCCAUUUGACUAAAUAAAGAUGAUUAGCGAAAUUAGUUUUUAACGAUAUUUGUUUUUUUUUUAGAUAUUCACUAUUCUUGUAAAAAUAAUUAUGUAAUAUGUAUAUCUCACCGUUUUCCUACAACUCCUUUUACAAUUCCUCGAUUAGCUCCCUUUAACGUCUCUUUACUUUGCCUUGUCUUUUCAGCUUAUUUAACUGUGAAAUAAUCGAGAGAGAAUAGUAAUGCCAUUAAACAAUCUCAUGGCAUGCUUCUUAAUGCAUUUUUUCCUAAUUUAUUGUAUUUUUUAAAAAUUGUUUGCAGGCUGAAAAACAAAGAGGCUUACAAUCAGCCAUCGGCCAACGAUCUGGAGACAACAUCAACACAGGUACGUGACGUCAUGAGGGGGGCUUUUAUUCAAAGUUUUGAAUUCAAAAAUAUAUAAUUGAGCCCCGAGAUAACGCGAUCCCCAUAUUAUUGAUCAUUAACUCUCGAGUUAUCCACUGUAUAACCUUGCAAGCAGUGUUGAUUUUAAAUUGUGUAUUUUAAAAUGAUCCACGCACAAGUCUGAGCGUCUAGUACUUUACUUAUCAAAUGAGCCUUCAGAUGUUGACCAUUGUUACAAAGUAUUACCCCGAAAACAUUUAUAUUUACAUGAGCGGGGUUAGUUCAAAUACAUUUUGGUCAAAGAAUCUUGUUUAGAACGGUGUUGAACUUUGAGAAAUACUAAACGAAUGACCAAAACUCUUAAGCACAUGUCCCACACAAACAAAAAGUACAAUUUUUCUACUAAUUCGCUGAGGAAGGUUCGUCGUUCCGGGGUUUGGUUGUCUCGAAGGUUCGUCGUCUCGGGGGCUGGUUGUCUCGAAGGCUCGUCGUCUCGGGGACUGGUUGUCUCGAAGGUUCGUCGUCUCGGGAGCUGGCGGUCACAACACCUAUAUGGAAAAAAAAACUAAUUUUUAGUGGAAAUGCUUAAUUUUGUUUUAUAUCCAUUUACUUGCUUUUUAGUUAAGAAAAAAACCCAAAAAAACUUGCGAGUCACUAGAUUUAAAUAUCCGUAUAAUUUAGGGAUGAAAAGGUCACCAAUUAAUUUGUUGGAAUAAUGUUAUUAAUGAUUUUUAGAAAAGCAAUAAUUUUUUGAAAUUAAAUUUCUUGUUCUAUUUAUUGACAGAAAGUCAAGCAGAUCUGUUUGGUAUUUCUCCUGACCUUUUGUGUAACACCGGAAGGAGUCAAACUUUUAUAUCCUCCAAACCAAAGGUCAGUGGUAACGCUGUGUCAAAAAGGGAAGUGACGUCGUUCAGUACACGUGACGUUAAAACUUCACGUGGUAAAGUUGAUGGAUUGGAUGGGUUUGGGUGGGGAUGGUUAAUGUUGACGGUGGACGGUCUUGUCACGGUUAGGGUCUGGUAAGGAGUUACGAGGGAUGGGAGGGGGGGUUGAGGCAUGGAGGAGGAGAGGUGACGGUGGAGAGUUGUAGGUGCAGUGGUGUUGGAGAGAGGUGUUCAUGGAGAGGUGUUGGUGGAGAGGUGUGGUGGAGAGGUGUGGUGGAGAGGUGGCGGGGGAGACUUGUAGGUGCAGGGGUGUUGGAGAGAGGUGUUCAUGGAGAGGUGUUGGUGGAGAGGUGUGGUGGAGAGGUGGCGGUUGAUAUUCCAUCGCUUAGGAUGAACUGUUACCCUGACGGAACGCUUGUUGGCUACCAUCAAACGUUUGCUGUCGACCCUUGUUUAAAUUUGAUGCCAUCUUUUACUUUUUUUUUCUUUUUGAGAGACAUGCUCUGAAAUCUUUCUCAAUCAUGCGGAAUGAGUUUCGUACGUAGGAAAGUGUUAACAAAAGCAUUUCAAUUGAUCUGUUCAAUAUCGAAAUGUGAUGAGCUAUUUUAAGCUUACGUAGACCACCAGCAACAACAGCAUUAUUAUUAAUUUUUCAAUUCAUGCCAUCAGAAAAACGCUCUGGAAAAUUGCUACCACAAGAAGGCAAAAGAAGGAUUCAGAUACUGGGACAUUUACAGACCUAAACCAACCAAAUGUGAGUGUUCUGGAGAUGGUUUUACUGGGUACAUUCUUAGCUCCAGUGAAAUAAACGGCUUUAGGAUGUUCCUUUAAUUUUAACGUUUAAAAUAAUACUUCUCGAUUUCAUCGUGUAUACGUAAAUAUCCAUGACGAAAGAUAACAUGAUGGUUUCAGAUGGUUUUUAUUUUUUUUAAAAUAUACGUCAAAAAUUCAUGUUGUCUGGUUAUUUACAGUAACUAGAAGUAGAGACGGGGAACUAAGCACCAGCUUAUUAGUGUGAAUGUGUAGCUGGUUUAAAAGAGUAGUUGAAAUGCGCUGUCGACAGGGGAAAAUUUCUUUUGUUGAAAUGUAUAGUUUUUCUUUGAUUAAAAAAAAAACAAGUAAUAGCCUAACGCACGAGAAAACGCUCUGAUCAGCACAUAUUUAACGUUAUGGCUAUGUUGUAUAUAGUGUGUGAGGCUUGUUAAGUGAUGCCGAUAUUUUAGCCGGCCACCAACAGCUUCUAAUAAACAGAACGUUAAAAAGGGUUAACAUUUAUUUAGUCUACUGAUUAUGAAGUGUUAAUUUUUUUAUAUUUCGAAAAAAUUUGAGUCUUACAAAAUUCUAAUCAAUAAAUCUCUAUGCUUAUUUUUUUUUCAGUUGGUAAAUACGGCAUAGGCUCUUAUAAAAUGGUCCUGGGAUUAGGAGCAGCCCCAAGAACUUGAGGACCGCUAACAUCAUAGGCUUCGUAACAGAGGGAAGCCCCCCCCCGCCCCCACUGUGAUAUGUUUUCAGUUUAGGUUGACCUAGCCGUUGACCUUUGGACGCCUUAUACAACUCUUUCAUAUACUUUUUUAUGUUUUAUUGAUUUCUUACCUUUCGACUUACUCUAUAGCUUGUCGGCCGAUUUUCGAGUGCUGAAUUUUUUUAAUGAUCGGUGUGUGUUGAAGUCUGGGAAUGAACGCGUGGAAAAGAAAGGUUGUAAUUUCUUUUAGCUGUUUACCGAUAUUUGUAUAUGCAAUCUUUACAGUCAGCAUUAACUUGUCCAUAUCCUUUUAUCCGUUUUUUUUUGUUUUUUUUAAAAUAUUUAUUGAGAAUAAGCAAUUCCAAAGAGUGUACAGUUGGAAUUAGUGGGUUGUUGUUUAUAAAUAUUGAGAUUAUUGUAGACAAUUGCUUUGUAGAAUUAUAGAAUAAAUGUAAUUACAAGCCACAAAG